AAGAUAAAGUGACAAACUGUGGCGUGUUAGCAAUUUGUUUGACCAUAUUUUAAUAUUGUGCGUCAGUGUAGAAUUUAAGACCAAUAAUUGCAAAACAUUACUAUAACAUUGGCAUCUGACAAUGGCGUGCCAUAUCUACUUUCAAAAUCAAUACAUUUCGGACUCCGAUUGUUCAAAUACGUCAGAUGUACGAAGUAGGAUUUCACAAACGUUUGGUAUUCCACCAGAUGAUUUAUAUGUAACAGUUAAUGGACGAAUUGUGUCUAAUGAAUUAAAGUUAGAUAAAGAAAAUGUGGUCAGAGUGCAUACGAGACUUGUUGGUGGCAAAGGGGGUUUUGGAUCCAUGCUACGUGCGAUUGGUGCGCAAAUUGAGAAAACUACGAAUCGUGAAGCUUGCAGAGAUCUUUCUGGCCGUCGAUUACGUGACAUUAAUGAAGAAAAAAGGCUUCGAAAGUGGCUAGAAGGGCAAGAGGACCGCGAGAGAGAGGCGGCUGAACGAAAACAAAAGAAGAUUGAACGAUUGUUAACCGAACCUAAAAUCGAGGUGAAUCUUAAUCCGGAUUACGAGAAGGGUCGCCAGGAACUGCCUGAGCGGGUCAGUGCCGCAGUGGACGCGGGAUGGGAGGCCGCAGGAACAUCUCAAGCAUGUGGAAGUAAGCGUAAAAUAGAAGAAACCAUUUCCAAGGGAAAGAAGAAGGCAAAGUUGUGGAUUGACGCUGAUUUGUCAGAUUGCUCGUCAUUGAGUGAGGAUGAUGAGGAAGAAGAGACCAAGAUGAGCCCUGUGCAGACAGUGUCCACUGACAGCGGCAAUGAGUCAGACAGAGCUUCCGAGGCUAGCAGUAAAGUUUAGCUGGGGUUAACAUAAAAAAAAUAAAGCUUCAUUUACACUAUAAUUAUCCAUUAUUAAAAUAACCAAUCUUCUUAUAAUCUUUAAUUUGAACAAUUAAAUUUGGUAUAAAUCUUUUAAUAACUACUGCAGAAUGUUACUACUGAACAAUGUCAACAUAUAAGACAGUUUUUAUAAAUAUAUUUGUAAUUAUACAAAGAAUUUCACAAUAAAUCAAUGUAAAAAAAAUUUGAAUGUCUCUUAUCAAAUUACUAUUAAUAUUAUUUGGCUAGUUUUUAACUUGAUAAUCAUAUUUUUAAUUUUAAUUUAAAUUGUCUAUAAAUAAUUGUGAUGUAAAAAUAAUUUAUGUUAACUAGA